AUGUGUAGCGACAAAUCUACACCUUAUAUACCUCUAGCCGGCGUCUCGGAUGACGGUUGGUCUAAGGGGCACCAAGCGACAGCUACAUGCUACUGCGGCGCAGUUCAAAUUGCCUUCCCAACCCAAGGCCCUGGCCUAGUCGACACAUUUCUCUGCCACUGCCCAGACUGCCGCAAAAUCACCGCCUCGAUGUUCGCCUCCAAUUUUAUAAUUGCAGACUCCCAUGUCAGACACCUGCGCGGACGCGAGAAUCUAAAAACCUACAGCCAGUCUCGAACAAUCGCUUCUGGCAAAAAGAUGACCAACUUCUUUUGUUCAACGUGUGGUUCGCUUAUGUAUCGCGUUGGUGAAGCAUAUCCGGGACACAGUAUUCUUCGUGUUGGAGCAGUGGAUGAUUUUAAUUUACAUGAGACUAAGUUAAGACCGAGGAUUGAGCAGUAUGCGAAGGAUCGGGUUGGGUGGCUACAUGGUGUGGAGGGCGUUGGGCAGGUUAUGGGGUCGGCUUACACUCCGAGACGAGAAGCUAAGAGUUCGCUUUGA